GUUUUGGUGCUUUAUCGUGAGACUGGAAUGGCUCUAGGGGCGGAGGGCAUGGAUAGCGAGAGGGAGGGAGAGGAUCGGAUUACACAGUAUACAACAACUGCGAUAGACCGGUAGACUCUCGCUGUGUAAUGUAGACGGAAAACUGGGUGGCAGUGCCGAUAGGACAAGCCCUGUUUUCUGUGUUUUGGGAAGCACAGAUUCACCGGUGUAGGGCACGAUUAAGUUUAUCUCAUGGUGGGGACUGUAGUCCUUUCAGCCGCUGAGCUACGUGUUUGAGUUUAGUAGUUGUUUCCUUUGGGACACGCUGAAGUACAGGCAGGAUGAUCCCGGUCACAGAGUUCAAGCAGUUCACAGACCAGCAGCCUGCGUUCCGUGUCCUCAAGCCGUGGUGGGACGUCUUCACGGAGUACAUCUGCGUCUCCAUGCUCAUGAUCGGAGUGUUCGGAUGCACCCUGCAGGUGACACAAGACAAGAUCAUCUGUCUCCCUAGCCAUGUCUCUGAUCCUUCUCGGGGAGAGAUCGACUGCCAGCAGUUCAAAGACAGAAGCCAAAAUGCCAGCGCUAGCGUCCGAUCCCUGUCCCCCUUGCCCAGCCCCUCGUCAGCUCCUCCUCACCCUGGAGCGGGACCACAGGAGGGACCUCGUGAAAUGAGCGGGCUGAAGAACAACCUGGACAUCCAGCAGUACAGCUUCAUUAACCAGGUCUGCUAUGAGCAGGCCCUGCACUGGUAUGCCAAGUACUUUCCCUACCUGGUCGUCAUCCACACGCUCAUCUUCAUGAUCUGCAGCAGCUUUUGGUUCAAGUUCCCCGGCACGAGCUCCAAACUGGAGCAUUUCAUCUCCAUCCUAGGAAAGUGCUUCGAUUCCCCCUGGACCACGAGGGCCAUCAGCGAGGUGUCUGGGGAGGCUCAGGAGGAUCAGAACGGGUGGGAGAAGAUGAAGGAUCUGGCCACCCUUUCCAAGUCCAGGUUGAAUGUCUCCAACGUAGAUGCGUCCCCUGCUGGUGAUGACACCGCCAGCUUGGUGCAUUCGCCCUCGGUCAGGUCCAUCCCGGAUAAAAUGGUAGCAGACAAACCAAACGUCUCUCUCAUGGACAAGAAGGAAGGAGAGCAGACCAAGGCGCUCUUCGAGAAGGUCAAGAAGUUCAGGCUUCACGUGGAGGAAGGGGACAUUCUCUACACCAUGUACGUGCGUCAGACGGUGCUCAAGGUUUUCAAGUUUGUGCUGAUCAUCGUCUACAACGCUGCUCUGGUACCCAACAUCCACAUCAUAGUGCCCUGCACCUUGGCCGUGGAGGAUAUGACUGGCUACGACAGCUUCUGCUGCAACCACACAAAAGCGCACCUCUUCUCCAAGCUGGCUAUCUGCUACAUCUGUUUUGUAGGGGUCUACGGCAUGGUGUGCCUUUACACUUUGUACUGGCUGUUCUACAGACCCCUGAAGGAGUAUUCCUUCGAGUACGUGCGGCAGGAGACCGGGAUUAAUGACAUACCGGACGUGAAGAACGACUUUGCCUUCAUGCUCCACCUGAUCGACCAGUACGACUCCCUGUACUCCAAGCGCUUUGCCGUCUUCCUCUCGGAGGUCAGCGAGAGCAAGCUGCGUCAGCUCAACUUGAACCAUGAGUGGACGGUGGACAAGCUGAGGGAGAAGCUGCAAAAGAACAGCCAGAAUCGCUUGGAGAUGCACCUUUUCAUGCUUUCGGGUCUCCCGGACACGGUCUUCGAGGUGACAGAAGUCGAAUCGCUAAAGCUGGAGCUCCUAAACGACGUCACCAUCCCUCCCAUGGUGUCCCAGCUGGCGUGUUUGGAGGAGCUCACCCUGCUAAACUGCCCCGUCCGACUCCAGCUGCCGGCUUUGACCUACCUGCGGAACCAUCUGAAAGUCUUGAGGAUAAAAUUUGACGACAUGCGCCAGGUUCCCCUGUGGAUGUACACCUUGCGCAGCUUGGAGGAGCUGCAUCUGGUGGGCCCCCUGACCCAGGAUCUCUCCAGGAACGUCUCGCUGGACACCUUGAAGGAGCUGAGGAACCUCAAGAUCCUGACCCUCGCCAAGAGCAACUUGAGCAAGGUGCCGCAGAGCGUGGUAGACCUGGCUGGCCACCUCCACAGACUCUGCAUCUACAACGACGGCACCAAGCUCCUCACACUCAACAACCUGAAGAAGCUCUUCAACCUGGCACAGCUGGAGCUGGUCCACUGCGACCUGCAGCGGAUCCCCCAUGCCGUCUUCAGCCUGACCAACCUCCAGGAGCUGGACCUCAAGGAGAACCAUCUGACGUCCAUCGAGGAGAUCCUGAGCUUCCAGCACUGCCGCCGGCUCACCUGCCUCAAGCUGUGGCACAACAGCAUCGCCUCCAUCCCCGAGCACAUCAAGAAGCUGAAGUCCUUAGAGAGGCUCUACCUGAGCAGGAACCGGAUCGAAACCCUCCCGCCCCAGCUCUUCCUCUGCACCCGGCUGCGCCACCUGGACCUGUCCCACAACCACAUCCGCAGCAUCCCACCAGAGGUGGGCGUCCUGCAGAACCUCCAGUACUUUUCUGCUUCCGGAAACUCCCUCGAUUCUCUCCCCGACGAGCUGUUCUUCUGCAAGAAGCUCAGGACCCUCAAGCUGGGCCAGAACAACCUCACGGCUCUCUCGCCCAAAGUGGGCAACCUGACCCAGCUCACGAAGCUGGACCUGAAGGGGAACCACUUGGAAGUGCUGCCACUGGAGAUCAGUGAUUGUAGCUCUUUGAGACUCAGCGGGCUCCUAGUGGAAGACAACCUUUUUGAUCUCUUGCCCGCUGAGAUACAGCAGCAGUUAAAGAAUGAAUAGGUGGGAGGGUGUUAAUAUGGGCUGGGGUGCAAGGUGUCCUGCCACGUAUGCAGAGCCAUGAAACAUUUGUGAUUAGCCACAACAUUUCUGGCUUCAGAACAUUCCUGUUUGGCUUACUGGCAACCGUGGCAAGCUGGCUUUCAAAGAAGGAGAAUGUUGUUGUUGAUGGAUACAAGAAGGAUGAACCAUGGAAGUAAAACUGUAGAGAGCAAUAUCCCAGGGAAUCGUGCACAAGAAACUACAGCUGUUCUAUUAUUAUUAUUAUUAUUAUUAUUAUUAUUAUUAUUAUUAUUGUUGUUGAUAAUUAUAAUAUUUUUAUUAAUUCAAUCAGUGCCCUUGACGGUUGUCCCAGUGGUGCUAACCACGUCUAUUCUCAAUUUUACAGUUAUCUACUUCUAUACAAAAUAACACUUCAUACAUCUGUAGCUCAACCUUGUUCAUUAAUCUAGUACAAUUCAGGCUAAUGGUUCACUAUCAAGUCAGAUUUCUUUCAAAUGUACCAUGAUUGCAAUACCCUGAACCUAUUUAAAUUAAUUAUUAUAUCUGUUUAAUGUUAGCUCUAGUAUUUAUGUGCAUAACGCAUUAAGCUAUUUUUUUUUAAAUUCUUACUAUAUAGAUAGUUUUGACUAACUGAGCCUGCUACAGAUCCAUACUGAUGGGUGAAACUGGCUGGCGAUAGUGCGGCGUUAAUGAAUUCUAGUCUAGCAGCACCCCCUAGUGUUUGUAAAGUGAAUAGGCACCACCAAUAUAUUUAGUACAGGCAUGUGUGCAUUCUGUCAAUACCAGGGAGAAAAUGAAUCGAUUGGGGUUUGUGUAUGUAGCCUUGCAUUGACAACAGGAAUUCAUAAAUAUGCAUAAUGACUGUAGAACUUUUUGAAUACUGGAAUAUGUCUUGGUAUAUAUUUAUUUUAUUUUUAUUUUUUUUUUAAAGGUAGAUGAUGAGAACCAA